AUGUUGAGGGACCAGGAGGCGAGAAGUGGGCGUAUCUUGUUCGAAAAGAAAAGGGAGAGUGCUGUGUCCGUCAGGGGCGUGCGCGGAGGGGAAAUGAAAGGCCGAGCGGUGAUCACGGCGUCGGCGACUUGUGCUCCUGCGCUCACGAGCAACCCUCCUCCUACCGCCAUCUUCUCCUUCUUUCUCCCCUUCCCCUUUCCCGCCGCUACCGGAGAGCCAGCCUUCUUCGCCCCACUUUCGCUUCCCGCGCACCUACCAUAUCUUUACCUCUCCCUGUUGCCAUAUCCGCCGCACGCCCGCAAGCAAGAUGGGCAUCUGGAGGCGGAGAAACAGCUCAAAGAGGCCAAGAUCAAGCUCGGCUCGCAGGUCAAGGUCCUCCUCCUUGGGUCCGGGGAUUCGGGCAAGUCAACGAUAUUGAAGCAAAUGCGCCUGAUCCACCGCGUUCCCUUCAAGCCCGAGGAAGUCGAGUCCUAUCGCCAAUUAAUCUUCAAUAACUUGACGCAUGGGAUGAAGUAUGUGAUCGAGUCGAUGGAUGAUAUGGGUCUCGAGGUUUCUUCAGAUAAUGCGCAUCUGGUCGAGUUGAUCGAGAACGCCGUCGACCUCCGUGAUGGCGAGCCCUUCCCCAUGGAAUACUUUGACCCUCUCCAGUCCUUAUGGACAGACUCUGGCGUUCAGAAGGCUUGGGAGCGCGGUAACGAGGCCGCCUUGCCAGAGAACCUGACCUACUUCUUUGGCGCCAUUGACCGCCUGUUCGAUCCCGCGUACGUCCCGACGGAACAGGACAUCGUCCACUGUCGCGCAAGAACGAUCGGCAUCACGGAAACACUAUUCCAACUCCGCGACCACGAGAUGCUCAUGGUUGACGUCGGCGGGCAGAAGAGCGAGCGACGAAAGUGGAUUCACUGUUUCCAGGAUGUAACGAGUAUCUUGUUCUUGGUCUCUUUGAGCGGUUACGAUCAAUGCCUUGUCGAAGACAAAGACGCGAACCAAAUGCAAGACGCGAUGACGAUCUGGGAUUCUAUCUGCCAUUCACAAUGGUUCAAGCAAACUUCCAUCAUUCUCUUCUUGAAUAAGAAUGACCUCUUCGAGAACAAGGUCAAACACUCCGACAUCAAGAAUUUUUUCCCAGAUUACGACGGCGAUGCCGGGGACGCUGCUGCCGGUCGCGACUACUUCAAGAAACGUUUCGCACGGCUUGCUCAAAAGGCUGGUCGGUCGAAGGAGCGUGAAAUAUACAUACACACGACUACUGCGACGGAUACCGCGCUUUUACGCGUGGUCAUGGCUGCUGUUGAAGAGUGA